AAAUUAAAUUAGAAGGAAAACUUUCUUGGCACAUCUUUUUUUCCCCUACUAAUUUCUAUAAAAUUCCUUAUUUCAAUAUUUCCCUUCUAUUUCAAAUAGCGCUAUGGUCCAGAAUAAAAAUCAAAAAUUUAGUAACGUUCAUGAAUCGCCACGACUGCAAAGAAAAUCUCAAUUCACAGUAAAUGUUUCGCAACAGCGUAGCCCUCGUACCGUGGUGCCCAAUGACGGUUUAAAUGGGCUAAAAAGCCAGACAAUAAUGCCAGUGGAAGGGCCCAGGGCAUUGACAGUGAGUACAACGGGAGAAAAGCAUUAUGAGCCUUUAAGUAAAUACAAGAGUGAAAGGGAAACAAACACAGGUGAAAGACAGGAGAGAAUGAAUUCCAAGGACAAACCAAUCGGCGGCUUUAUGAAGCAGAAAAAGGCUAAGCUCUUGUGCAGAUAUUUCUAUCGAAUGACCCAACCUAAAUGUACUCCUUAUAGAAUAUUGGGAACUUCCAAAGAAUCUGGCAAUAGGACUUAUGCUGAUAAACAAACAAAUACCGGGUCAACUUUGUCAAAAUACAUUUAUGCCCCAUACAUGACGGAGAAUCCAAGAAAGCAUUUUGAACCAACUUUAAUUCCUCAGAGAAUACCUAAUAACCUCUUAGUUACAAGAAAACAAAAACCUUAUGCAAAAUAUUAUGCCGAUUUCCGAAAGAUAACUUCGCUACUAAUACUCGUGACUUUAUUAUUUUGGCUACUUUCCUCUUUGCGAGAAAGUGAUUUCUAUUCAUUAUUAUUUCAUAAUGUUUCAAAUACUUUUUCACGUUGGUACUCUGCAACCGAAGAAAUACCCAAAACUGAAUUUGAAAUUCUGCUUGAGUUUCUCACAAAUAUAUGGGCAAAAUUAGUAACACUUUAAGAUGGUCAACAAAUUAUUACAAAAAUAUAUUAUUGAAAAAAUUGUUUUUA